AUGCUCUAAAUUUAAAUAGGGGACAUUAUCGACAAUCAAUACGAAAUAAUAAAGAAACUGUCACAAGGUUCAUUUGGAAUAGUUUUUUACGGGAAAUGCAUGAAAACAAACAAAGGAGUAGCAAUUAAGGUGGAGAAAAAGGAGAUGGCCAGUUUUGGCACUCUAGUGCGUGAAGUAACACAUUCUUCUAACUCAAGAUCGACAUGUUGGGCAAAUUGAAGGGAGUUCCAUCAAUUCCUGAAUUGUUGUGGCAUGGAGAGUAUAAGAAAUGCAACAUUAUGGUAACCAAAAUGCUGGGACACGAUCUCAUCUACUAUCAGAAACAAUAUGGCCAAUUGUCGUCACAGUGUAUUAAUAGUAUAGCUUACCAAUUGCUGUGGAUUUUGGAAUAGAUGCACAAAAAGUAUAAUUAAUGAUUUAUGUUAGGAAUAUAAUUCAUAGAGACAUCAAACCAGAAAAUAUACUGAGCAAAAAUGGCUCAGACAAGAUUUAUUUGAUUGAUUUCGGAAUUUCAAAAGACUCCGAUUCAAAUUUCAUAAACAAAAAGAAAUCAUUCUCAUUUAUCGGCACCAGCAGAUACGCCAGUCUCGCAGCUCAUCAAGGAAUAGAACAAACACCCAAAGACGACCUCGAAUCCCUCGGGUAUGUUCUCAUCUACCUAAUCACGCAACACUUGCCUUGGAUGAAAAUCGAAAAAGCAGACGAUCAAAGAUUAGACAAAAUUGGUAGGCUGAAAGAAAAUGCCUUAUUGGAAGAUUUGUGUUUUGGGUGCCCCAAUUCAAUGCUCAAGUACAUCCUCAAUUUAAUUUAGGUAUAUGAAAUAUGUCAAGGAACUAAAGCCAAGUGCUAAGCCCAAGUACGCAAUGCUGAGAGGCUUGUUCCUAUCCAAGUUACAAAACACGGUUGAAUUGGGAUUGGAUUGGACCAAUUAAGCAAUUAAAUUAGAAAAGAAGAAACACCACAAAAAACAGAGGAAUUCGUGUGAUCUCAAUUUUUAAAGCUGCGUGACAAUUAGAAAGUAUAUCAUCUAUAAAUAUCUUAGGCCAUUUAUGGGCGAAACAUAAAUCAACUUAAACGUCAAAACUAUUGCUGCUCAAGACGAACAAGUGAUAUCAUCUGAUAAUCUGACUAGCCAAAUGCAGUUUAGUAUUGUGGAGACGCAAGGAAGCAAAAACAGUGUUAAGGUUGGGUUUUCUACUUCGGACAUUUAGGAAUGCUUGGCUGUUCAAUAAAACAACAAUAUGGCUCGCAUAUCUACAUUUGAAGGCAUCGCUGAAGCAAACCCGCUGCUGCCUUAAAAUUUCGAAAAGCAGUUGAUGGAAAAAGAAAGCUAGGAUUUAGAAAUUAAAUAUAACCUACUUCACUUUACAUCAGUAUAUUUUAAUUUUAAGAACCCUAUUCAGCAGAAUACUAUCAAGUAAAACUAUUAAGUUAAUGUGAUCAAAUCUAUUAAUUGA